GGCUCGUUCAAUAUUUUGGGGAUCUUUUUUUUUUUCCUUUACUACAAUCAAUUAUAGACUAUUUUAACCAGUUUUUUUCUUCAGAAGAGUUACAUAGAUCACCUUCACUGUGUUAGGGUAAAAUAAAAGAUGGAAAUCACUGCUGCCAACAUUUAUGGGACUUCCCAAAAUAGAUCGAGAUCAAGAUCGAGAACUAGAAAUUCCACUGCUAAUUCAAGAUCAACAUCUUCCACUAGACGUCCAUCUCUUGGACCAUCUAGAAGAUCUCUCUCGUCUUCGUCGUUAAACAAACUUAAUGUGACUGCCACAAAUAUCGACCAAGAAAAAGGGAUUCCAACUACAACUGCUUCGGUUGAUAAUUCAUUGCCCUUAGACUUUUUCAAACAGGAUUUGAUAGCUUUAAUUAAAGGGUUAAAAGUCAGUAAAUGGCAUAAGGUCCCAUUAUCUGCUGCCAAUUUAUCAGUAAGCAGAAUUUCAGGAGCUCUUACCAAUUCCAUUUAUAAACUCGAAUAUCAAAAUACUGAUGAAGAUUUCCAAGGACCUCCAUUACCAGCAUUAUUAUUAAGAAUCUAUGGUAAAAAUGUAGAUUCUAUCAUUGAUAGAGAGUCGGAAUUAGCAACCUUAAUCAAGUUAUCACAAAAGAGAAUUGGACCUAGAUUACUUGGUAUUUUCGCAAAUGGAAGAUUUGAACAAUUUCUUGAAGGUUAUAUAACCUUAAAUAAAACUCAAAUUCGUGAUGAAGUUAUUUCUCAAAUCUUGGGAAGAAGAAUGAAGGAUUUGCAUUAUAAGAUUGCCCUUGAACAUCUGGAUAUUUCAGGGGAUUUGCCUAUGGCUUGGCGUUUAAUCUAUAAAUGGUUGGAUAUGCUUGAAGAGCAAUUAACAUCAACUGAAGUUUCAGGACUUACAAUUGAUGAAGAAUCAAUUUUUAAGAUGAAAUAUUCAGAAUUUAGAGAAAAUAUUGAGACUUAUCGUAAUUGGUUAUUUGAUAAAUAUGAUACAAAUAAUUUUAGUGAUAAUUUUAAAUUUUGUCAUAAUGAUACUCAAUAUGGGAAUUUAUUACUUCAUGAAGAUUUUGAUCCAGAAGAAAUUAUUUUAUCAUCUACUUCCAACCUUGAUUUGAAAAAUGCUGAAACCAAUGGUGAACAAGUUGUUAUGGCAACCACUAAUAAAAAGGAUAAUAGUUUAGCAGUUAUUGAUUUUGAAUAUUCUGGUUCAAAUUUCCCAGCUUUUGAUUUGGUUAAUCAUUUCUCUGAAUGGAUGGCAGAUUAUCAUGAUCCAGUCAAAUCUUAUUACAUUCAUGAAGAUCAAUAUCCUUCAAGAUUGCAACAAGUUAAUUUGAUUAAGUCAUAUAUUGAAUAUGAUUUCCAAUAUCCUUCUUCCAACCUCAAAACAUCAAAGACAGAUGAUCUUUCUUCUUCAACCAAUGCAACUGAUUUAAUUGAAUCUGAGAUUAAAAAACUCUAUAAUGAAUGUAUCUUUUGGAGACCUACAGUGCAAAUUUAUUGGAGUUUAUGGGGGUUAAUCCAAAGUGGACCACUUACAUCAACUCUGGCUAGUUCUACUACCAGCCCUGGUUCUUUAGAAGAACAAGGGGUUGAUGGUACUUAUAGUAUUACUACUUCAUUAGAAAAUUUACAAGUAGAAGAAACUCCUAUUGAAGAAUAUAUCACGUCUUCAGAUGAUGAUUUUGAUUAUUUGAAGUAUUCUGGUCAAAAAAUUGGAUUAAUUUUGGGUGAUUUAAUUCAAUUUGGUAUUAUUUCAAAAGAUCUGAUUAAAAAGGAAUACCAUCAAGAUUUAAAAAUUUUAGAUUGUGAACUUUUCGACAUUUAAUAUAUAGGAGAAGACAACAAAAAAAAUAAGAUUAUUAAAAGUGGGGAGAAAAGAUGUAA